UUCAAAGUCUUUUGUUUUUAUAAAGCCGCCAAAGCUAGGGUUUAAGAAGCAAAACAUUCUCAAAGGAAAUAACCGUGUAUAUGUGUAUGUAUAUAUUUUUUCCUUUCCCUUUCCCUUUUUUGCAGCUAUGAAAUUUAAUUUCUCCCUCUGCAACCUAUAUAUUAACCUUCAAAGCUCCAAUCUUUCUUUUCUCAGAGAUGGUUGGGUGCAUACCCGAACCCACCAUCGUUGAAGACGACCACAACAGCCGAGCUUCAAAGUCCAAAAACUUGAAGGACCCACUUGAAAAUGCGAAAUUGGCUGAUUUUUCUUUUACUGAUUCGUUUAUCGAUUUUGACUCCAUAAAGGAGUUUUUUGAAGAUAGCCCAGAUACAGAUAUUGUUAGUUUAGGUAAGAUUGAUUUUGGGAAGAUGGGUGAUAAUGGCUUUUCUAGUGAAACACAUUCUAAUCCAAGUUUUGAAGAGUUGAGGCCUAUUGAAAGUGGGUCAGGCUGCGUGGUGAUAGUAAAUGAGGAAAGGGUGGGGCUUGUAAGGGAGGGGAAUUUUGUUUCCUGUAUUGAAGAGGAGAUGGGUAGGGUUAGUUUGGUUGGUUUGUCAAGUCCCAUUUGUGGUGAUGGGAAAACCGCGGGUGAUGAAAUAGAGAUGGGAAAUGUAAGUUUGGUUGCGGGGUCGAAUUCUGUUGUUCCUAACGGGAGUGUUGCCAAUAGUGCGGUAGCAAGUGAUGAGGUGGAUAUUGGCAAUGUUUAUUUGGCCACUGGGUCAAGCACAGAUGCUGGUACAGGUAGCCAUGUGAAUAAUGUGGUAAAGAGCGAUAAGGAUGACAGUGGAAGUGAUUCCGAUUCUUCUAGUGAAAGUGGUUCAUCUUCUGGUAGCAGCAGCAGCAGUGAUGAGGAUGAGGAAGAUGAAGAGGAGAAUGAGGAUGAAGAUGAGGAAGAGGAGGGAGAGAAGAGUGAUGAUGAUGAGGAGGAGGACGAGGAGGAGAAACUCGGAGUAGAGGAGGGUGAGAUUGAAGAAGGUGAGAUAAAGGAUGUUAAUGGAAAGGAGAUGGUUGGUAAGAAUGAUGAUUAUGAGGAGGAAGAGGAGGAUGGAGGCAAGAUGGUUGAAUGGAGUGAUGUUGAAUUUGAUGAUAUUGAUGAGGAAGAGGAAGGGGAUACUGUUGUUUUGAGAAGGCCUAUUAGGUCGAAGAAUGAGCUUAAGGUUCUCCCUCCAGUUCCUCCUUUGGAUGUCACAUUGCAACCGCAUCAUCAGAUGCUGCCUGUUGGAACUGUUUUGUCGAUUAUGAGUGCCCAAGUCAUUGUGGAAGGGGUGAAGCACAACCCUCUUAAUGAGGGUACCAUCCUUUGGAUAACUGAAAAUAGAUCUCCUUUGGGGAUCGUAGAUGAGAUAUUUGGUCCUGUUCAACACCCCUUCUAUGUGGUGAGAUACAAUUCUGAAAGUGAAGUCCCUGCUGGCAUCUGUCAAGGAACCUUGAUUUCUUUUGUUUCUGAGUUUGCUAGUCAUGUGCUUAGUGAUAAGAAUCUUUACAAGAAAGGGUAUGAUGCAUCUGGCGAGAAUGAUGAAGAGUUGUCAGAUGAUGGAGAGUUCUCAGAUGAUGAGAAAGAGGCAGAGUAUAGGAGAAUGCAAAGAAUGUCAAAGAGGGGCCUGAAUAAUCAGACAGUUGGAAACAAGAAAAACAAUAGGAAGAAAGUUAACAAUAGGAAUGGCAAUUGGAAGAAUAAUACACCUUCAGGGCAGCAAGCGUUGGUGGGUGUGGGUCAGUCACCUCCAAAUCAGAACCAGCAUAAUAAAUCUUCUAUAGGAGCAUCAAUGAAUAAUAUUUCAUCUUCUACCAAAGGACAGGAUUUUCGUAGUGGAAGUGGCUUUUGUCCACCAUUUUCACCAAUGGCAACACCAUCUGGUGUUUUCCGACCUUCAGAUGGAGUCUGGGUAAAUGGGCUGCCUUCUCAGCAGUCACAGAAUGCAGUCAUUCCUGUUGGAUUUCCAGCUAAUAAUGUAUCAUGGCCUGCACAGAAUCAACAACUGCAUCCCUGUCAGAUGCCAUUUCUGCAACAGUUCAAUCCUAGUCAAGGGUCACUUCCUAGUGGUGUAGUACCAGGUGGACAGAUGAAUAUUUAUGCUGGACCUUCACCUUGGCCUGGGGUUAUUGGUGAAAAUUGCUUUAAUGGAGCAGCAUUUGGGAUGGGCUUCCAGGUUCAACCUGCUCACCCAACUAUGAGUACCAUGAAUGUGGAAGGCCAAGGAAUGAUGUCCGGUGGACUGCACAUUGAACCACCUGGUGUUAUUCCCGAAAACGUUCAACGAUUUAAUUUGGGUGCCUCACCAAGCCGCGGAAGGAAACCAUAUCGUCAUCGAGGACGUGGUCGUUUUGCAGGUGGGAGAGGUUGGCAGUCCUCAAAAUGAAGUUCAUUAGCUUUAUCAUACCACUGUGAACGCAACUUUGGAUGGGACCUGUAGGUUUUUGGAAUUUGCCUGGUAUAUGUGCGUUAUUUUGCUUUGGUACUUUGCAUGUUCUCAGUUCCAACUGCUUGAGGUGGUGAAAUUUCCUAUGCCUGAUGAUGGGCAACUUUUUUUUUU